AUGAGCUCACUGAAUGGAAACCACCAGCCACGAAGACCGACGAAGCCACCGUUGCAACACGUAAAGGAGCGUUCCCAGCCGCAACAGUUUCGGCAGUUCACCGAACAGGAAACACUUGAGAUCCAAACUAAACUCAAUAAAGCCUUGGGUCCAGAAUAUGUCAGUGAGCGAACAGCGGGCGGUGGAACUACGGUCCAGUACAUAGAGGGGUGGAAGGCACUCAACUUGGCAAAUGAAGUUUUUGGAUUCAAUGGGUGGAAUUCUGAAGUAGUGUCUUGUGAAAUAGAUUACCUAGACACGCAUGGAAACACUGGUAGGUGCUCGUUGGGUCUUUCUGUUGUUGUUAGGGUGACUCUCAAGGACGGCACGUUUCACGAAGACAUAGGGUAUGGGUUCUUCGACAACGCUAGAAGCAAGUCACAGGCGUUUGAAAAGUGUAAAAAGGAGGCGUACACGGAUGGAAUUAAGCGGUGUUUGCGUUGUUUUGGUAACGUAUUGGGUAAUUGCUUGUACGAUAAGACAAUAGUCAACCAGAUACGCAAAUUAGAAAAGAGCAGUAUUGAGUAUGAGCCAGAUGAUUUUCAUCGUGAUCCUAUCUAUGCAGAGAGAGAACGGAAGAAGCAAAUGAUGGAGCAAAGGGAACAAGAGGAGAGGGAGCACGAGGCAAGACGUGAACAAGAAAGGUUGCAAGCACCUGGAGAGGCAUUCAUAACCCCAAGGCUGCCUUCAAAGGUGGUACAGCAUAUGAAUAAGGGAAAGGAAGCGGAUGAUAUUGAUGAGUCGUUCCACUUUAGCGAUGAUGGUGCAGAAGAAGAACAUGAACUCAUGGUAAAUACAUCAACACAAACCGAUUCCUCGGAGAAAAAGGGUCAAGAAGAAGAGCAGAACCAUUUCCCAGCAUUUGUAGCGGCGAAGAAUGCUGCCCUUUUACAGUUGAAACAAGAUGGCAAAAGUGAAGAAAUACCGCAAUUUGACACCACGUUUGUUUCGCCCAAUAUUGAACGCACACUUGAUCCUACCAAAUCGGUGCCUGUGAAAAGAGCAGAAAUAAAGGGUAAAACACCUCCACUUGGGGUAAAUCAUUUGCAUAAUAGAGUGACCAAGCCGUCCACAAACCACUUGAACAACAACUUUGGGAAAAGAAUUGGAGUUCCUCCUAUGAGACCUCCAAGACGACUACAUGGAGAAGAGCCACCUAUAGUAGAAAAUAGAUAA